UUUCCGGCCCCUCCCCCAAAUGAAGCACGCCUCUCGGACACGCCCCCUUCAUGACUCGUCGCACAACCCGAGCCGUAGCAUCACGACAAUAUUGUUUGUUUGUGUUUGUGAAAGGACAAUCAACAUGUGAGCGAGGAACAUUUGAUAACACGAAAGGUUUCGGUAGUUGACGGGCUGACAGCGGAAGUUAUCUUUUUACUUCCUGUCUGUUCAUGUGCGACAAACGACAUUGUUCUUAAUUUCUCGACUCCUCUUUUCACUCCUAACACAACAAGAAAAUUAACGCUUACGUUCUUCAUCACUUGAUCCCUUGAACUAGUUGGAUGGGGAAUGUUGAAAAUGGAGUCGCGCGACUCGAGCGAUUCUGAAGACGAGCGAGCGGACCGAGCGUUUCUCCUGGAUAAAAUGCCGCUCGUCGUCCCGGAGACCCCCAGCCCGCAGCUCGGCAAGCGCAGACGACGCACACGCCGUGCAGAGGAAGCGUUCAGCCCGGUGACCGCGCGGCGCGCGGCGGCUGCGGCCCGGCGUCCCGCCGCCGGGCCGUCCAAACGCAGGAAGCUGGCGACGCCGUCGGAGCGACCCGGCCCGGCGCCCACCUCGGCUCCGUUUGCCGUCGACGGCCGGUCGUCGUCCUCCUCCUCGUCGUCGUCGUCUUCGUCUUCGUCUUCGUCGCCCUCCCGCGUGACGACGUGCGACUCGCUGUCCUUCCUGACGGCGGAGGAGAGGAAGUGGCUGAGCGGCGAGCGGGACUCCGCCUCGCUCGCGGCGGCGCAGGAAGCGGUCAUCGGCGACGACGGCGGCCCGCGGGUUCGCGCGGCGCAGAUGGAGGAAGACGAAGCGUUGGCACGAAGCCUGCAGGUGGCGCCCGCCGCCCGCCCGACAGCGGCGUCGCCGCUUGUUAACGACUUCCCGUUUGCGCACGCAGGCUCGCUUCGACCGAGAGGACGCGGAGUCGCAUCGUCUUCGUCAUCGUACCCUACAUCAUCUUCAUCGCAGGGCCGACCCGCCGGGCCGCCGGCGCAGGGACGCCGCCCCCCCGGCGGACGACUUCUCCGGGGACAACUACGAGGCCCUCCUGGCGUUCGAGGAGCGCCAAGGCGCCGUGGCGCCCAAGAAGCUGACGCAAGCCCACAUCCUUCGCUUCCCCGUCAAGCGCUUCCGGGCGAGCGGCGGCGCGGCCACGUGUCAGAUCUGCUUUUGCGACUACGACGACGGCGAGCCGCUGAGGAUGCUCCCGUGUUUCCACGACUACCACGCCGGCUGCAUCGACCGCUGGCUGCGGGAGAACACCACCUGCCCUAUAUGCCGAAUCAACCUGGCCGACCUCUGACCUCUGUCUUUUAUUGCUGUGUUUGUUUCUCGUCUUUUAUUCGUUCUUAAUAAAAGCCCAACUCUUAUUAUUCACCUUA